CCCAUCAGGAAGUGGUAACGGGCUCUGUGGCAGGCAAGCUGCUGCUGACUGCUUUUCUCCAGAGGAACGGGUUCCUCCUCACUUCAUUCAGAGCCGCGCCGCCGUUUGUGUCGACUGCUCAGAGUCCACGGACCGCGGUGUCCCGUCCGCCCCCACGUCCUAAGCUUCUCCCCGCCUGCAGUGGUGGUUUACCAUGGCGUAUCACAGUUUCCAACUGGAACCAAUUAGCUGCCAUGCCUGGAACAAGGACCGAACCCAAAUCGCAUUGUGCCCUAAUGACCAUGAUGUGCACAUCUACAAGAAGGAAGGGUCUGGCUGGUCCAAGAGCCACGUGCUGAGGGAACACAAUGGACAGGUGACAGGCAUCGACUGGGCGUCCGAGAGUAACCGCAUCGUCACCUGUGGUACGGACCGCAAUGCCUACGUGUGGACGCUCAAGGGCGAUGUGUGGAAGCCCACGCUGGUCAUUCUGAGGAUCAACCGCGCCGCCCGCUGCGUCCGCUGGUCGCCCAAGGAGAACAAGUUUGCUGUGGGCAGCGGUUCCCGCCUCAUCUCUGUGUGCUACUUCGAGCAGGACAAUGACUGGUGGGUUUGCAAGCACAUCAAGAAGCCGAUUCGCUCCACCAUUCUGAGCCUGGACUGGCACCCCAACAACGUCCUGCUGGCGGCAGGGUCAUGUGACUUCAAAUGCAGGAUUUUCUCGGCCUACAUCAAAGAGCUUGAAGACAAGCCGGCCCCCACACCCUGGGGCUCCAAGAUGCCGUUCGGCGAGGUUAUGUUCGAGUCCAGCGGCACCGCCGGCUGGGUCCACGGCGUCUGCUUCUCUGGCAACGGCAACCGUGUGGCCUGGGCCAGCCAUGACAGCACCGUGGCCGUGGCUGAGGGAGGGAAGAGCCCCGUCAUCACCACGUUGAGCUCCGUGACCCUCCCUCUCCUGUGCGUGACAUUCAUUACGGAGAACAGUCUGGUGGCAGCGGGCCAUGACUGCUACCCAGCGCUGUUCGUCUACGACGCGGCCAAGGGGGCCCUGACCUUCGGUGGGAAGCUGGACGUGCCCAAGCAGAGCGCCCAACGCGGCAUGACGGCCAGGGAGCGCUUCCAGAACCUGGACAAGAAGGCCACCGCGGAGAGCAAGGAGGCCGUGCUAGAGUCUCUGCACAAGAACAGCAUCAGCCAAAUCUCCAUCCUGGAGGGUGAUAAGACCAAGUGCUCCAAGUUCUGCACCAGUGGCAUGGAUGGAGGGAUGGCCAUCUGGGACGUGAAGACGCUGGAAUCGGCCAUGAAAGACCUGAAGAUUGUCUGACCGCUGCGUCCUGCGGUUAAACAGAAGAAACUUUGCUUGAAGGCUGCGCUAAAUACACCUUUAUACUUCAUGUGCGGGUGUAUAUAAGGGGGUUCAAAUGUAGUAAAAUGGUGGCAAGUUAAAGAUGUACUUUUACAGCUAAAGAAUAUUUUAGAAAAUUUGGGGUUUUUGGGUCAUUGACUAUAUCUUUUUUAAAGACUGCGAUGCUUGAAUGUGGUGCUUUAUACUGGUUAUACUGUGCUUUUUUUAAAUAAAGGAUUUCUCAGCUUUG